UCUUUAAAACGCGACGGAGUGAGCAACAUGAAGCCGUUGCUCCUAGUGUUGGCCCUUUGUGGGGCCCAAGUCCAUGCUCACUCUGUGGGUAUACGGCCCGAUUAUAACGACAAUAGCGACGAGUAUACCAGAAUCAAUUGGCUCCCCGAGCCGCUAAAGCCACUUCCUUGGCAGUCGGAGACCCGAUAUGCACAACAGCCCCAAGAAGCUGUGGUUCAAGUGCCUGAAGUCGGACAGAUCUUGGGAAUUAGUGGCCAUAAAACCAUUGCCAAUCGCCCAGUGAACGCUUUCUUGGGUAUACGGUAUGGUACGGUUGGAGGCGGCUUGGCGCGCUUCCAGGCGGCACAACCGAUUGGAUACCAGGGACGAGUUAAUGCCACCGUCCAGAGCCCAAAUUGUGCCCAGUUUCCGGAGCUCGAUCGCCUGAGGUUGUCUGAAUCCCGGGGAGAAAACGUCGACGACUGCCUUACCUUGGACAUCUACGCACCCGAAGGCGCCAAUCAGCUGCCCGUUUUGGUCUUUGUUCACGGUGAAAUGCUCUUCGACGGAGGCUCUGAGGAGGCCCAACCUGACUAUGUUCUGGAAAAGGAUGUGCUGUUGGUCUCCAUCAACUACCGACUGGCUCCAUUCGGCUUCCUAAGCGCUUUAACCGAUGAGCUUCCUGGAAACGUCGCCCUUUCCGAUCUGCACUUGGCUCUUGAGUGGCUGCAUCGCAAUCUGGUCUACUUCGGUGGCAAUGAGGGACAGGUGACUCUAGUGGGUCAGGCUGGUGGUGCAACAUUGGCUCACGCCUUGAGCCUUAGCGGUCGUGCCGGCAAUCUCUUCCAGCAGCUGAUCCUGCAGUCGGGCACCGCCUUGAACCCCUACCUGAUUGACAACCAGCCACUUGACACCUUAAGUACCUUCGCCCGUCUUGCUCGCUGCCCACCACCACCCAUUAACCCAUUCCCACAAGGACUUAGGCCCCUAUACGAUUGCCUCGGCCGACUGCCCACCUCCCAGCUGGUGGCGGCCUUCGAGCAGCUGUUCCUCCAAAACGAGCACCUCGGGCUCACCCAACUGGGUGGCUUCAAGCUUGUGGUUGGCGACGCUCUGGGCUUCCUACCAAGCCACCCAGCCGCACUAGCCACCAACAGCAGCCUUGCUCUGCCCAUGAUUAUCGGGGCCACAAAGGACGCAAGUGCGUUCAUCGUGUCGCGAAUCUAUGACCAGCUCGCACGCCUGCAGUCUCGCAAUGUGAGUGACUACAUCGACGUUGUCCUGCGCCACACAGCGCCGCCCAGCGAGCACCGCCUCUGGAAGCAGUGGGCACUGCGCGAGAUCUUUACUCCGAUCCAGGAACAGACGGCUAGUCUGCAAACAGUGGCUGCUGGUCUGAUCGAGCUUAGCAACUACAUCCUGUAUCGUGCCCCCGUGAUUAACUCCAUCAGUCAGUCAUACCGCUCCAUCCCGGCCUACCUGUACACCUUCGAUUAUCGCGGAGAACACCGUCGGUUCGUAAACCUGUCCAACCCUCUUCCCUUCGGAGUAGAUGCCUCGCUCAGCGAUGACAGCGUAUAUUUAUUCCCCUAUCCAGCCGAGGUUAGUCGCCUGAACCCCUCGGACAGGUCGAUGUCUCGUGCCUUGGUCACCAUGUGGGUGAACUUUGCGACUACUGGCGUGCCCAAUCCUAAUUCUGGUGUAUGGCCGCAGGCUACCUCCGAGUACGGCCCCUUCCUUCGCUUCACAAAUAAUCAGCAAAAUACGCUUGAGCUAGAUCCGCACUUUGGCGAGGGAAUUUACUUGCCAAAUCAUAGAGUGAGCUAUAAGCCGACGACUAACUUUUUACCUCCGAUUACCACCACGACCACCACGACCACCCCAACAACCACCACUACCAGUCGUCCAUACGCCUACAACCCGUACGCCAAUUGGCAAAACAGGCCUACUCAGCAGCAUCCGAAUUGGCAUCCUGCGGAUCCGGAAUACGUUAGAGCACAGGAAGCUCGUCAGCAAGAGUUCAUCCGUGAGAGGGAGCAGCGUAGGUGGGAGCAACAGCUGAGAGACCAACAGCGUCAUCCUCAGCAGGAGCCACGUGAGCAGCAAGACGAGCGAAUUCGUCAGCAACAAGAACGAGAAGAGUAUGAACGCGAGCAGCAAGAGCGAGAGCAACGAGAACGAGAGGAGCAAGAACGUCAGCAGCGAGAACGAGAGCAAGAGCAACCAGAACAACAGCCCGAAUAUAAUCCUGAACCAGAAAACCCGUGGGGUUAUCCGGAACGAGAGCCACAGCCAGAAGAAAAUCCGGAAGAUGGACGACUACCAUAUCCCUCAUACGAACAAUAUGGUCCUGAAGGCAAAGAAAAUCUCCCCGAAUCCGAUGCCAAUCGCAACUACAGUGAGGAAGACCGUGAGCAACAACAGCGCGAGCAACUGCGUCGCGAGCAGCAGGAACAGCAAGAGCGAGAAUAUCAAUUGCAAAUGGAACGUGAGCAGCAAGAGCGCGAACAGCAGGAACGUGGUCAGCAGGAACCUGGUCCUGAAGAACACCCUAGCUACGAAGAAUAUAGUAGAGAGCAAGAGCAAGAGCGUGAGCGACAGCAGCAAGAAACAUUGCUUCAAGAAAAUCACCAGUAUCCCGAACAAAGUUUGCCAGAGGAACAGCCAACCCACCCCAACUACGAAGACUAUGAUGCCGACCAAAGCUAUGGCGAGGAACAGGAGCGCGAGCAAGAGCGAAGGGAUCAGGUUGAACAGGAAAGAGAGCAACAGCCUGGCGAGGAGUACGAGAGAUCACCAGAUGAGGAAGAGGCAGCAGAACAGGAUGUUCUUAAGGUUGAGGAUUUCCCCAGCUAUGAGGCAUACCUGGAGGCCGCAAUCAAGCUCCGCGAGGAGCAAGAGGAACAAGAAAAAUUGGAGGAGAUACGUUAUAGGGCCCAGCAGGAGGAAGAGGACCGCAUUCAGGCAGAGAGGGAACGCAAUUCUCACAACUAAGUAACCAAAUCAAUGGUCCAUAUUAUAAUCAUGUGAAACCACCUUUCAUAAUAAUUUUUAUACACAACUCAAACUUAAAAAUUUACCACGCUUUGGUAUCUAUAGAAAUAUGUAUAUCGAAAGCUAUUGUUUUUGAAUAAAUACAUUUUUGAAUUACCGCUUA